AUGAAGCAACGAUUGCCUAUUCGUUGGCUUGCACCGGAAGUUUUGAGUUCAGGCACGUACUCAAAGAAAAGCGAUGUCUACUCGUUUGGAAUACUAUUGUGGGAGAUAUACACGGAUGGUCAGACACCGUAUUCGGACAUGAGCGUGGUAGAAGUGACAGCAAGCAAAUACAAUGCGUUGUGUAACGAUAAUUCCGUCUAUGGAUCUCGCGAAAGCUACACUCAAAGAGGUUUUUGGGGAGGUCGGAAGAGAUUGUGCCGUAGAUGCUUGUGCAAAUUUGCUCGUCAACAGCAAUAUUUAUCUUUUGAAAACGGGACAUUUUUAGUUGACUUCCUCGGAAGGUGUCACUCUGUCAAUGUCACAAAUUCAUGA